UAAAUCAUAAUUAAUAAUAAUCAUGGGUAUGAGACAUCGUUUUAAAAAACAGAAACCUGUCGGAUCGAAUUCCAGUCGUGAUAAGAAUUCGAAGAAUCCAGAUGUCAGCAUGAAACAAAGGAUUCCAAGAACAUUUACAGAAAUGAUGGAAAUGAAGGAAUUAUAUAAAGGAAGUGAUCGCCAGAUUAAAAAAAAAUUAAAGGAAAGAGCAAUGAAGGUUGCGAACCAAGAAGAAAUCAAAAGGAAAGAAAAUGCAGAAAGAAAACGUGGGGAGUCAAAAUACAGGCACAUGCAACGUCUUGCUUCCGCAGUUGAAAUGUCAAUGGAGAAAGCAAAACAAGAAAUUCAAGAAUUCCCAGAAAAAGAAAUUGAUAAAAAAGAGAAACCACCCCCACCGAAAAAAAUAAAAACAAAAGAAAGACUUACCAAGUUGAAAGAAAAAAAAAAUCAAGCUUGGUUGAGUAAACUGGAAGAGAAAACGGAGAAAGAUCGCUGGAUAGACCAUGUCGAGUUUGGUGAGGUUGUUAUGCGGCCACCGACGAUAACUUCCAAACCUCGAAAAGCCGGUGAAGUCAAAAAACCUGGCCAGCGAGAUCUAUUAUUUUUAAAGAAGGGUUUUGGGACUUCAAAAAAAUCGAAUUUGUCUCUCGCAAGAACUAAAGCACUCAAUGAUGAGAGAGAAAGAGUUAUUCAAGCAUAUCGAGAUAUAAAAAGAACUAAAAUGAAUGCAGAGUCGAAAUAAACAUGAAAAAUAUGGCAUUGACUGCUUCUUUGUUAAAU